UGUUGGCUAGGAAGUCGAGUAGAAUCGGGUGCAAAUCUGUUUGUGUCGUAUUUAUUUUUCCAUUUAAUGAACCGUAUGUUAUAUAAUGUCUGAGAAUGUCUAUUUCUGGAACUCUUAGCAAUUAUUAUGUCGAUUCUCUCAUAUGUCAUGAAAGUGAAGAUCCGACUUCAUCCAAGUUUUCGAAUGUACAGUAUUCAGGUCCCAGGCAGCCGGGAGGACACGGUGAGCAUCGAGAGUUCCCCUCCUGCAGUUUCCAGCCUAAACCUCCUGUAUUCAGCUCGUCCUGGAAUCCUUUUAAUCCACACGCGUCCAAUGGUUUACCCGCCGUCUACCAUCCUUAUAUCCCGCCUCAGCCUGUGCCUUCAUCGGACACUAGGUACCUUCGUACGUGGCUUGACCCGGCCCCGAGACCUGACUCCCUGGCUGGACAGAGCCAAGUCAAGCUAGAGCCGUUACUUGGACAUCUCGGAGACCUACCCAAAAUUGGAGGGCAUGAGUAUGAUUUGCAGUCGCCUUCUGUUAGGGAGAUUAAUUCCAAUCAAGGCACCGGUUUGGAGGACAAUAAGGAUAUUUGUGAAGGUAGCGAAGACAAAGAAGGGCCAGAUCAAAAUAACCCAUCUGCCAACUGGUUGCAUGCCCGUUCUUCUCGGAAGAAGCGGUGCCCGUACACGAAAUACCAAACCUUGGAGCUCGAGAAAGAGUUCCUCUUCAACAUGUACCUCACACGGGACAGGAGGCACGAGGUAGCCCGCCAGCUGAACUUGACAGAAAGACAAGUCAAAAUCUGGUUCCAGAAUCGACGAAUGAAAAUGAAGAAAAUGAAUAAGGACCAACCCAAGGAUUAGCAGUACAGGAAUGGUUUUAGGAAAACACAAUGACAGAAAUCGCUACUGACAUGCGUUUCUUUUUUGUUUCCUUUUCGUGCACGUUAUGGACAAUUUAACAACUGUAAUCCAUGUGAUGUAUGGUGAUACACAGUCAUGCUUAUAAACUUUGUACGAGUAGUUUUUGCAAUCAGACAUUCCUAUUUUCAAAGAAAAACCCACAUGAUAGACCCGGUUGAUCUUAGAAUAAAUCUGAUGCUUUACAAAAGAAAGUAAUGGUGCAGUAGA